CAGUGGAAAUAUAUUCCACGUUUGAAAGUCGCGAGUACACUGUUUUAUUGUAUUAAACAUGAUAUUAUUUUUAUACGCUUCAAUUUUAGCCGCCAGUUUUGCAUUAGUGACGUGCUUCGGCGAAGCUAUUGGUACCGGAAAAUGGAUGGUGCACAACAUUGAGGAUCUUCCUGAUAACGAACAAUACAUGUUCAGACCUAAAUGCCGCAGGAACAAGCUAAAUAGAACCCACGACUGCUUUCGUUGCGAACUGGAUCUAGAAUUUGACAUCGACAACAGUUACGGGCUUUACAUAGAUGUAGAAAAAAAAGUUGACGGCGGUUAUAAGCCGUACAUGAAGAUGGAAUACGAAUGUUUAUGUUGUUUACUCAAAGAGAAGAUGAAGGAUAACUUUGAAAAAGCGCUAACGUUGGCCGAAAUCGACCCACCGGACUGUCCCAUACCGAAGGGUUCAUACAUUAUCAAGGAUUUCGUGUUCGACUAUAGCGAGUUAGAGAAGACGGGCGUGUACGGUAUGUUUUUAGCUAUGACGUAUGUCACGAACCGGACGACCGAAAACAGAUUAGGCGGUCUCAAAAUGAACCUGGAAUUCGAUAGAUUCGGCUCUGACGAUGAUUAAUA